AUGGCCAGCAAAUACACUCAUCUUGCAGAGCAUAAAGAACCAGAGGAACAAGAACUGAGGAUUUUGCUUCUUGGAAAAACUGGAGUUGGAAAGAGUGCAUCAGGAAAUACCAUCUUAGGAGAAAAAGCUUUUAAAUCCUCAUCAGGUUUUUCUGCAGUAACAUCAGAGUGUCAGAAGGAAACAGGUCUGUUUGAUGGUCAAAAACUGGCUGUAAUUGAUACUCCAGGUUUAUUUGACACCAAAAAAACUGAAGAGGACGUGAAGGUAGAGAUUAGUAGCUGCAUCCCACUUGCUGCUCCUGGUCCUCAUGUGUUCCUGGUUGUGAUUCAGAUCAACAGGUUCACAAAAGAAGAACAAGAAACUGUGAAAAUUGUUCAGAAUAUGUUUGGAGAACAGUCAGCAUGUUACACUAUGGCCUUGUUCACCUGUGGGGACAAUCUUGAGGCAGAUGGAGACACCAUAGAAAAAAUGAUCAAUGAUAAUCCUGUUAUCUCUGACUUCAUCAGUCAGUGCGGUGGACGAUAUCAUGUCUUUAACAACAGAAACAAAAAUCCCUCUCAGGUCAGAGAGCUGCUGAAGAAGAUCAGAUCAAUGAUUGCGAGAAAUGGAGGAGAAUACUACACCAAUGAAAUGUUCAGAGAAGCUGAGAGAGCCAUGAACAAACCAGAAGCCGACCUCAGGAUUGUUCUUGUUGGGAAGACCAGAGUUGGGAAGAGUGCAGCAGGAAACAUCAUCUUAAGGGGGGAAGUAUUUAGAUCAGCAGCUUCCUCUUCCUCUGUAACAUCAGAGUGUCAGAAGGAAACAUGUCAGUUUGAAGGUAAAACACUGGCUGUAGUUGAUACUCCAGGUCUGUACAAAACUAAGCUAACUGAAGAGGAAGUGGAGAGAGAGAUUGUUCGAUGCAUCUCCUUUGCUGCUCCUGGUCCUCAAGUGUUCCUGGUUGUGAUCCAACCAAACAGAUUCACCAAAGAAGAACAAAAAACUGUGAAAAUCAUUCAGAAGAUAUUUGGUGAACAAGCAGCUGAUUACACGAUGGCCUUGGUAAUCCAUGAAGAUGAUGUGAAGCAGGACACCAUAGAAGAAGCAAUCAAACAUCCAGAUCUCAAAGACUUUAUCAGUCAGUGCCAUGGAGGAUAUCAUGUUUUUAACAGCAGAAACAAGGAUCGCUCUGAGGUCAGAGAACUGCUGAAGAAAAUCAACACAAUGAUUAAAAGAAAUGGAGGAUGCUGCUACACCACCAAAAUGUUUGAAAAGGCGGAGAAAGCCAUAAAAACAGAGAUGGAACAACUCCAGGAAGACAAUCCAGAGAUGACGGCCAAAGAAGCAAGAUACAAAGCAGAAAGAAGGAACAACUUCACUCAGUGGAAUUGGGAUGAGACUAUUGCUGGAGAUGGUGCUAGUGUUAGUGAUGGAGUUACUGUUGCUGUUUAUGGCGGAGUUUAUACUAUUAUUUGUGCUGAAGCUAUUAAAGCUGAUCUUAGAGAUGCAAUUGAAGGUACUUCACUCUCAAAGCCUGAAUGA